UGAUUGUUGUGCUGGGUUGUAUCAUUCUGGGUUGGACUGUGAUGUGAUUGUUGUGCUGUGAAGUGCUGUGUUGUGGUGUGAUUAUUGUGCUGGGUUAUAUUGUUCUGGGUUGAGUUGUGGUGGGUUGGGUUAUAAUGUGAUUAUUGUGUUGGGUUGGGUUGUGCUGGGCUGUAGUGUGCUGGGUUGCAUUGUUCUGGGCGGUAUUGUGCUGGGUUUGUGUUGUGAUUAUGGUGGAUUGUUAUACUGUGCUGGUUGGGUUAUGAUGUGAUUGUUGUGUGGAAUUGUGCUGUGUUGUGUUGUACUCGUAAGUUAUGAUGUCAUUGUUGUACUGAAUUGUGUUUUACUAUUCUGUUUUGGGUUGUACUUAUUGGGUUAUGAAGUGAUUGUUAUGCUGGGUUGUAUUAUUGUGGGUUAAAUUGUGCUGGGUUGUAUUAUUGUGGAUUAAAUUGUGCUGGGUUGGGUUAUAAUGUGAUUGUUGUGCUGAAUUGUGUUGUUCUGGGUUGGGUUGUGUUUGUUGGGUUAUAAUAUGAUUGUUGUGCUGGGUUGUAUCAUUCUGGGUUAGACUGUGAUGUGAUUGUUGUGCUGAACUGUGUUGUGGUGUGAAGUGCUGUGUUGUGGUGUGAUUGUUGUGCUGGUUGGGUUGUGAUGGGAUUAUUGUGCUGGGUUGUGUUGUGCUGGGUUGGGUUGGGUUUGGUGGGUUAUAAGAUGGUUGUUGUGCUGGAUUGUAUUAUUCUGGGUUGGACUGUGGUGCAAUUGUUGUGCUGAACUGUGAAGUGCUGUGUUGUAUUGUGACUGUUGGAUUAUGAUAUAAUUGUUGUGCUGGGUUGUAUUGUUCUGGGUGGCAUUGUAUCUGGUUGGAUUAUAAUGUUUGUUGUGCUGGAUUGUGUUAUACUGUGCUGUGUUGGGUUAUGAUGUGAUUGUUUGCUGGGUUGGGUUGUGUUUGUUGGGUUAUAAGAUGAUUGUUGUUCUGGGUUUUAUUAUUCUGGGUUGGACUGUGGUAUGAUUGUUGUGCUGAAUUGUGAAGUGCUGUGUUGUAUUGUGACUGUUGGAUUAUGAUAUAAUUGUUGUGCUGGGUUGUAUUGUUCUAGGUGGUAUUGUAUUGGGUUGGAUUAUAAUGUGUUUGUUGUGCUGGAUUGUGUUGUACUGUGCUGUGUUGGUUUAUGAUGUGAUUGUUGUGCUGAAUUGUGUUGUGCUGGGUUGGGUUUGUUGAGUUAUAAGAUGAUUGUUGUGCUGGGUUGUAUUAUUCUGGGUUGGACUGUGGUAUGAUUGUUGUGCUGAAUUGUGAAGUGCUAUGUUGUAUUAUGAUAUAAUUGUUGUGCCGGGUUUUUUGUUCUGGGUGGUAUUAUGCUGGGUUGUGUUAUACUGUGCUGUGUUGCAUUGUUUUGGCUUGGGUUGUGUUUUGUUGUGCUGAAUUGGGUUGUUCUGGGUUGUGAUGGAUUGUGUUGGAUUGGGCUUGUUGGGUUAUAAAGUAUUGUGCUGGGUCGUAUUGUUCUGGGUAGUAUUCUGCUGGGUUGGGUUAUAAUGUGAUUAUUGUGCUGGAUUGGGUUGUGUUGUGUUGUGUUUGUUGGGUUAUAAGAUGAUUGUUGUGCUGGGUUGUAUUAUUCUGGGUUGGACUAUGGUGCGAUUGUUGUGCUGAAUCGGGUUGUGCUGUGUUGUUUAUGAUUGUUAUGUUAUCAUAUAAUUGUUGUGCUGGGUUGUAUUAUUCUGGGUUGGACUGUGAUGUGAUUUUUGUGCUGAAUUGGGUUGUGCUGUGUUGUGUUGUGAUUGUUGUGUUAUCAUAUAAUUGUUGUGCUGGGUUGUAUUAUUCUGGGUUGGACUGUGAUGUGAUUUUUGUGCUGAAUUGGGUUGUGCUGUGUUGUUUAUGAUUGUUGUGUUAUCAUAUAAUUGUUGUGCUGGGUUGUAUUAUUCUGGGUUGGACUGUGAUGUGAUUUUUGUGCUGAAUUGGGUUGUGCUGUGUUGUGUUGUGACUGUUGUGUUAUCAUAUAAUUGUUGUGCUGGGUUGUAUUAUUCUGGGUUGGACUACGGUGUGAUUGUUGUGCUGAAUUGGGUUGGGUUGGGUUGUGCUGCAUUGCAUUGUUCUGGGUGGUAUUGUGUUGGGUUGGAUUAUACUGUGCUGUGUUGUGCCAUGUUGCAUUGUUUUAUCUUGGACUGUGUUCUGUUGGAUUGUGAUGGGUUGAGUUGUGCUGGGUUGUGAUGUGCUAGGUUGUAUUGUUUUGAGUUGAGUCAUGCUUUGUUGUGUUUAACUGCUGUGCAGUGGCUGUGCUGCAUCGUGUUGCUUUGUGCUUUGUUGUACUGGGUUGUGUUCUGUGCUAUACUGUGCUAUGUUGUAUUCUCAGUUGUGUUUUGUGCCAUGUUGUGUUAUAUUGUAAUGUGCUUAGAGUGUUAUUUUGUGCUUUGAUGUAUAUAGCUGGGUUGUUUUGUUCUGUGCCGUGCUGUGUUGUGCUUUGUUGUGUUUAGCUGGGGGGCGUUAGCAGUGUUGUGUCGUGCUGUGUCAUGUCGUAUUAUGUUAUGCUGUGCCAUGUUGUAGUGUUCUAGGUUGUGUUGUGUUAUUUUAUACUCUGCUGUGUUUAGCUGAGUUGUUUUGUGCUGUGUUGUGUCAUGCUUUGUCGUGUCAUGUUUUGUUGUGCUUUGUCAUGCUGGGUUGUCCUUUAACUGUUCUGGGUCGUGCUUUGUUGUGUCGUUCUGUGCUGGGUCUUUCACGUCUUUAUUUUUAGCACUAUUUCAGUAAAAAGAUGGGAGAGUUGAGGAUGAGGCCCAUUGCUUGGGGAGGCCAGGCCUAAGGUAAGGGGUGACAGGAAGGUCGGAGGCCAGACCCUUCUUUCUCUUCUACUUCCUCUGCUAAGGAGAAAAAAACCAGGAUUGAAAUGGCUGCGACUCAAAAGUGAUGAGAUAGCAGCGGGCCCCCGGGAGCCGCCUGCCCACAUUCUGCUCCCUUUUGUGCCGGGUGGCAGUCACCCUGAGCAGAGUCCACCCAAGGGGAGCCAUUCCAAAGUGGGCCUACUGGGCCUUGGCAGGUGGUGGGCCUGUUGGGAGAAGGUGGUAAUUUUUCAGUAUAGAAAUGCACUUGCUGGGCUAAUCCCAGAGUGAUCAAAUUAACAAUAAUUAAUUAAGUUGUAACACUCGCCCUAUUCCCUAGGACAUACACAAGAACUUUUAUGAAAUAACAAAAAUAUCAUUAGCGACGCCAAAAAAAGUGUCUUGUACAUUAAAUAAAAUACUUUAAAAAGCCUAUUUACUUCAGCUCCUUUUAAAAUUUGGUUUUUGUAUUUUGUGACGUAGAGGAUAUCAGGCCAGCAGUACAUUAUAGAAUUGCAAAAUCAGUCGGUACCCAUGUUGGGAGUCUGUCCUAGCAUUCUGUGCUGAUAAGAAAGCGGGAUCUAAAAACGCCGGCACCCCCUGUCGGCAUGGCCACUGAAAAUAUCGGUGGCUGCGAUUGUGGAACAAUCAUCAAGAAAUCUUUAAAAGAUGCUGGGGGGGAGUCCCAUUUUGGAAAAAUGGAGUCCUUAGAUAAGAGGCCAGACUUUGAUUCCUGUAAGAAAUUUAGAAUAUAUCCAAGGGGUGGCUGGUAAACACAUAGAAAAGGUCCACAAAGAACCUGCAAGAGAGUUUGGAGGUGUGUGGGGGCCAGAGGGAAGUCCAGUUUAACUGAAGUAACCAAUGCAUGACGUGUGGAGGAGGACGGGGAUCAUAUGGGUGAAGGUAGAGAGCCCCCAGUUUGUGGAGGACUUUGAAUACCUGGCAAAGAAACUGGCACUUGACUCAGGAGGGAGCCAGCAGACUUUUGUAGAGCCUGGCUGUCAGGAGCAAGUCUCCAUGUAAGGAAGAUGCUUCAGGGUGUUGAUGGUACCUAGUUUGGUGGGACAUUCAGUGGAACCGGGGAAGGCCGUUAGAAGCAAGUACUAGUACCUGCGCCUAGGUACAAGUGAAUUGUUAGUCCAGAAAUUGUUGGAAGAGCUGGAACUUGAUGCCGGAGUGAGCUUGUGACUCACCUGUGCCCAUUCCAAUUCCAGUAGAAGCUGAGCAGCUCUCUAGAACUUGGAUCGGUUGAUCGGUUCGCAGUUAACAUCUACUGGGGGAGACACCCAUCUUCUGUUUGCCUUUCAGCUGGUGUAGGCACAGAAGCUGAAGCCCCGGGAGAUUCCCCACUGGCUCUCCACCUUGGUGGGUGCUCCAUCAGCUCCUCCCUCUACAUAUGGAUCGAUAGCUCAAGGAUGUGGCCUUGUAUCUCACAGGGGAGGACUGGGAGCAGCCGGAGCCCAGCGGGGGGCCCUCUGUGGGGAUAGGGUGCCCCAGAAUUCUGGGUAAUGAUCAGGUCUGAUAUCCUCAAGUCACUACAGACCAACCCAGCCCUGAACUGUUAUCCUCCUUGGCUCUAAGCUUCUCCAGAACUUGAAGAGCCCGAUUUCCAGUGCACCAUGGGAGCUCGGCAUUUAAAGAAACCCUGCGGUGAAUCCUUGGAUAAAGGGAAGAACUCCCUCCUAAAGCAUGGGCCCGAGUCCCCCACAUCAGCAAAGAAGGAAGAGAGGUGCGUUUCCUGAUCCUUGUCGCCAAACUGGGCCAUCUGAAUCACAUACAGCUCUUGAGAGGCCAAAGGGGAGGGACCGUGUGAGGGAAGGCUCCAAGAUGAAGGAGGACUGGGCAGGAUUUCUUGCAGGAGAAUGGGGAAUUUCCACCUGCACCCCGACUACCAAAAGGCAACAGAAAAAGCCAGGCUGUGGUUGGCUCCCAGGAAACAUCGAUGACCUUUGAAGAUGUGGCUAUUUACUUCACAUGGGAAGAAUGGAGGCAACUGGACCUUGCACAGAGGGCCAUGUAUAGGGAAGUGAUGCUGGAGAAUUAUGGGAACGCAGCCUCACUAGGACUUACAGGACCCAAGCCUUUAUGGAUCUCACAGCUGGAACGAGGACAAAUGCUGUGGACUGUGGAUCUACAGGGGACAGAGGCCAUUGAGGCCAGGAGAGGCACUUGGCCAGACGGCAGGACUGACAGCAGAGAGUCCAUGCCAAAGCCAGGCAUUCCUGAAGAUGGGAUUUCACAGGGACAAUUGUGUGGAGACAGACUACAGGACAGCUUGAACAGGAGCACAUCCGGGCAUGCGGCUGGUGCUCCUAGGCCAGUCUCCAUAGCCAGAUGUCGACGAGAAAAUCUUGACUGGGCAAAUAAACUUCAAGAAGCAGAUCCUUCAGGAGAGGGUGGCCUGAGUGGGGAGUCCCCGAAUUGCAAUUCUAGGCAAAAGUCGGAGCUUCCCAGAAACCAGAUUGCUCCUCAUAGAGAGAAGCUCUAUGAAUGCGAUGAAUGUGGGAAAGCCUUCAGGUGGAAGUCAACGUUUGUCCUCCAUCUUCGGAUUCACAGUGGAGAGAAACCUUAUAUAUGUAAUGAAUGUGGGAAAGCCUUCAGUCAGAAUUCAGAUCUGACUAAUCAUAAGAGAAUCCAUAGAGGAGAGAAGCCUUACGAAUGUAGUGUAUGUGGGAAAACUUUCACUUGGAGUUCAAACCUUAUUAACCACAAGAGAAUACACAGUGGAGAGCGGCCUUAUGGGUGUCAUAUAUGUGGAAAAUCUUUCACUCAGGGCUCAAUCCUAAUAAAACACCAUAGGAUCCAUAGUGGGGAGAAGCCCUAUGAGUGUGAUGAAUGUGGGAAAGCCUUUAGUCAGAAAGGGAACCUUAUUAAUCAUCAGAAAGUUCACACCAGAAAAAUCAUUGUUGUGAGCCCUACAUGCAUAAUAAACAUGGGCAGUCUGUGAGUUGAGCUAGUGGUUUGGUUCCCCUCAGGGUUGAGAAUACUGACAAACAGACCAGAUAAAAGAGUCCUCCUAUGGGUGCUUUGGCACAAAUCCAAGGAAGGAUUCGCAGUCUCCUUAUAUCUCUUGGUCUGGGAUAUAUCUCAGUUAAUUUCUUCCGAUAAGCUGCCUUCCUUUCUUCAAAUAGGAUACUCCUCAAGUUGGGGCUCUCUGUGACUUUAUGCAGAUUGCCUUUGUCACACUGAGCGCCAGAGCUAAUUAGAUCUCAGGCCAAAAAGAUAGUCCCGGAUAUAUUAGUUAUGUCUCAGCGAGCCUGGGCUUCCUCAAAAAUAGAGAUAAAUUGGUCCCAAUCUUUUCCUUACAGAGAUAUGGCAAGGAAGGCAAAAAAGAAACGCUUUCUCUUUCUUUGUUAUUUAGUAGGCACAUCUGUAAGCCCCUUACCCUUCCCAGGCCUUAAUCUCCCCAUCUGUAAAUGGAGAUAACAGUAUUUCCUCUAGUUGCCUCACAGGGUUUGUGCUUUAAAAGGUGCUUUGCAAUCGUUAAGAUGGGAGAGAAAUGGGAGUAGUGAAGUUUUCUUUUCCUAAACAUUUUCUUUAUUGUGUUUUUCUUUCCAAUUAGCCUCCUUCCCACCCACUCCUAAUUUUGGGGGAAAAAGAACAAACCACUUGUAACCAAUACGCACAAUCAUGCAAAACCUCCCAGUAAUUAACCCCAAACUAUCUUCUGUCUCAUUCUGCACCCUGAGCCUGUCUCCAGAAGUGGACAGCCCGCUUCACCACAUGCCCUCUGGAAUGCUGCUUGGUUAUUGAAUUGAACAGAGUUUUUGAUUCUUUCUAAGUUGUUUGUCUUUACAGUAUUGUUGUUAUUGUAUAAAUUAUUCUCCUGGUUCUGCUCACUUCCCUCUGCAUCAUUUUAUAACGUCUUCCUAGGGUUCUCUAAAACUAUCCUUUCUCACUUCCUGCAAUAUACUAAUAGUACAGUAUUAAUGCUUAGAAAUCACUUAGUCCAAAUCCUUUAUUUUUCAGAUGGGCAAAUGGAGGCCUAUAAAAGGACUUAACUUGCUCAGGAGCUCUAGGGAUCCAUUAGAACAGAAAACUCAAAAAUCAGAUGGAUGCAUAAGGAAGAGAAACCCCUGUUUUUCCAUUCAGCAAAUCUGUCUUGGCUACCUCCUGCAGGGCCCUGAUGAGAUAUCAUCAGAAAUCAGGGUCUCUCAU